AGUUAAUUACCAACAAACUGAUUCAACUUGUUCAACUUCUGUUCCCUUUUCAAUACUACUUGAAACAUUUCAUAUUUACGUCGUGUUGCCCUGGUAACCGGGAUCACUAACGGUGUAUCCUUAAGAUGUCGAACGAUAUUCAAGGGUUUAUUCUCCACUUUUUGAAUGAAGAGCCGUUCAAUCUCAACUUAUCAUCACUUCAAUUCGACCAAUUACCACCGCAGCAGUUGCUCCAAAUUUUGAGUAAUGUUUUGAGCUGGGUUUCCGACACGGACCGAAUUGAUAUCAAAAGAGAGGCUGCUGAAGAGACUGCAAUUCGUAUUCUGAAUAUGCUCCGAAUUCUCCGCUACAGACCACCGCAAGACCAGGAUGAACAGGAAGAAUGGCGUGCAGGGAUUGUCGAAGGUCGCAAGACUAGCCUCUAUCCUCUUCUGGUUUUUCUUUUUGAAAACUCAGAAGGUUUGAAAGAGCGCGCAUAUUUGUCAAAAUAUUUGAUGAAGACAGAUGUACCUGGAGAAUUCUUCGAUUAUGAUAUUGAAGAGCUGCAAAAUGAGAUUGGAGAGUUGACAAUGGAGUUUAAGGAAAUCCAUGCUGAAAUGAAAGGAAUAAUGGCAGACGUACUCUUGCUUGAUGACAUAAAAGAGGAUUUAAAGUCAAUGGAAAAAGAAAAACAAAUUUUGCUCCGAAAGAUUGAGAAGACCGAGAAGAAAGUGCAGAAUAUACCAUAUUUUGAUAAACAAAUGCAACUUGCAUUACAAUUACGCGGAGAGAAAACCCGAUAUGCAGAUUUUGCAAUUGAAAAACAACAAGAACGGCAGAAGGUCCUGAACAUCGAAGCCAGAAUCAACCGAAUGAAAAUCAAUUUGACGGAGGCUCAAGCGGUCGCUGACACAUUGGAUGAACAGGCGUUAAUGGAAAAAUUAGAGGACGAAGUUGCGACGAACACUUACUUAGUGAAUGGCAAGUUGUUUCAAGAAAUUGAAUCAAAGGAAAACAAGUUGAAAGAGCUGACAGCCAUGGCAAGGUCCAAUUCAGUGCGGGAAGAGGAUGUCAGUAGAAUGAAUUCUGAGAUAGAGGAAAUGUCAAAACGAAUUCGAAAACUAGAAGACGAACGGGAUCACAAAGAAGUGGAUAUUGAUGAGAACAUGAGUGUGUUUCGUCAUCAAACUUCCCUUCUCGAACGCAAAAAAGAAACAGCGGUGCAGAAAUUGCAAGAAUUGAGGCAAGAACUUGCGAAAAUUGAGAAAGAUGUCGAUGAGCGUAAAACCAAUCUCAAAGACAAAGUGGGCGGGGAAGUUGUGUCAAAUGUUCAGUACCGAAAAUAUUUAGAGCAAUACCGUGUGAAAAGUGAAGAACAAAAAAAGAAAAGGAAGGAAAUUGAGUUGAUGCAUACCGAGGUGGCAGUGCUUAAAAGAACAAUUGACAUUGUUUCCAAAAGAUACAAUAAAUUGGAAACGCACAUUGAAAGUAUUGGCGGAGAAAUAGUAGAAGUUUUGAAUGUUCCAACGAAAUACGAUCGUCCGAAAACUGCAGCUCCGCAAACAAAUAAUGCAGAGGACAUAAAAUCGGAUAUGAAAGACAUGAUGGCUGCACUGGAUGAACGAAAAGAUAAGAUAACAGAUCAACGGACAAAGAGAGACGAGGUGAAGUAUGUUGUGCAGCAAAAAAUGAGCCAGCUGGCUACAAUCAAAAUGGAAGCAGACCAAUUUAUGGCUGAACUGGAGCGUGAUAAUAAGAGAUUGGUUGAGAAUGUAAAAGAACUUGAAACAACUGUAAGAGAUUGUGAUGACAGAAUACCUGAGUUGAAAAAUGAGCUGGCGAUUUUGUUGGACGAUAAAAACAAAAUGGAAGGGGUUUCAGGAGAAAACUUGGAAGAACUGCUAUCUAAAGCUGCCGAAAAAGAGCAACGAAUUGACACUGAAAUCGAGGAAAUGGGCGAUUUCGAUGAGAGCCGCAUGCAAGCUGAACUUUGGAAGGGACUACUCACCAUUUUCGAGACUAAAAUUGAGAUUUUCAAAGAGAGAGCAAACUCUAGAAACUAAUCCACUUUGCAAAAUUGACGAGAGAGAGAGGGCAAACAAAUUUGGUUUAGUGUUUCAUCUCCAUUUGUUUAAUUUUAUGUUUUUUUUUUGGAAAAUGAGCCAAAAAUAAGAUGCGAAUAUUUGAUGUUUGAAAAAAAUUACUUAUUUUGUAAAGAAUUAUAUAUUUGGUAAACGAAACCUUCCACACAAUAAUAAACUUCUGAAUAAAUAUUUU